AUGUCCUCGAAAUUCGAGUCAGACGUGGAACUUCCAGCAGAAAUGGAGUUGGACUCGGACGACCGAUCGACCCCAGAUGGAGCGAUUACAUCCUUGACACUCACACCCAAACGAUUGAGACGAUGGAAUUCCUAUUUUAACGAGUUAGUCGAAAUAGCCCGUGAGCUUAAAUUCGGCAUCAUGGUCUCAGAUGACGGGAAAGUCAAGAGGGAACAUGACCCCGACAACACAGAUGGGCCUGUAACUCACGAACUCCACAAAACUCUAUACAACACAGAAAAACUCGAAAGAAAACUCCGAGCAGAAGUGCAACGCGAUAUAGCACACCGGUAUUCCAUCUUCUCUCCGUGUCUGGGCCUUGACAUAUUCUGUAGCCUCCUCGACAGAAUAGUCGGCUGUGAGAUUGAAAUUGAAUCCCCGAACCCGAAUCUCCUCCAACGGGAUAUCCACCUUAUUCAUAUCUUGGAGAGCGCAAGCGACGUAGCAAACUAUUGUGUUGCAGAGUGGAUGAAAUGCCCCCACGUGCUACAGGCGUUUGAUUCAUACAUCAGAGCAUUCCCAGAUUACGAGAAGGCUAGUGCGGAAUUCACAAACCGCCUUCAACACUGGAAGGGUGCGACCAUUCAAGACUUAGAUACAAACGAUCUGGACUGGCAACUAGGAAUGGGACGUGGUCUUGCACAUGGCCUGACCUCUCUUGCCUUUGACUGCGCAUCAAACUGCGCACACUGUCUUGACUUCCUGAUUCGACACGACAUCAUUAAGCUCCAAGGAUAUGACGGAUACGGCUUCAACUGGGUUGAAGCUGCAAUUAGAGCGAAGAACCCUGCCGUCUUAACCUACCUCCUUGAGAAGAUGUCUGAGGAUGAAUUCUUCAACUAUACGAAUGUCCACCACAUUCGACUUAAUAAUCAUCGCUUCACUGCGAAGAUGGCUGUUCUUCGACUAGUCACCAGAACGAAUUGGGAAUGGGCAUGCGAGCUUCUUAUCAAAAAGCUGAUCAAGGAUAGGAAGGGCAAAAAAAUGGCAGAAUACGUCGAUAACCCGACUCGGGCGCUUUUGAACCGGUUCUUGAGUCCCGAAAUUGCGGAGAAACUACGCAAAAACAAGUUCAGUAUCGCGAAUAUCUGCAAACGUGAACUUUGUGAGGAAAAGACUGCCUGGCAUAUCGCUGCUUUAUACAAUCCACACGGGGAUGCAUAUAUGACCUGGCUACUAGUUAACUCGAGUCAUGAAGUCGCGGAGAAGAACUUCAAGGGAAAAGAUACACUGCAUAUAGCUGCAGCAGGUAACAAUCCUGCAUGUAUUCGGUGGCUUUGUGGCCAACUUGAUCCCUUGAAAGUCUGGGACCGACCUACUGAUAUGAAGAGUGGUAGUAAGAGUGCACUUUUAAAUGAGUAUGCAGGAUGUGCUCUGGAGCUUGCAGCUCGGAAUAUGACAAAUUUGUCGGUCUUUGAAACCAUGGUAGAUUGUGUUGAGGAUGAGGCAUUCGAGGAAUUUGAGUUGACUGGAUACCUCUUCAAAGCUAUAUGUUAUGGACUCCGUGAUUACAUGGAGAACCCUGCGCCGGACAGUCGACUUUCGGUCACCCAAGCUACUGAUAUUGCUAAAUCGAAAUGCGAGAUUAUCAUGGAACGUUUGCCGGAUAAGUGGAUUGGUUCACCUACAUUCGAUGAGGUCUUGGCAAUUGCUUCGCAGUGUGGGUUUGUUGAUAUUGCUGGGAGAAUGGUGCAUUUCUCUGAGAGUAUUAAAGCUCGGGCAGCAGCUCGACCCCGACGUACAAGAUGA